AUUGCUGGCAUUCGUCAUUGAAUCUUAUUCAUUAAACAGGUUAUACAGAGCUGUGUGUGUGUGUGUGUGUGUGUGUGUGUGUGUUGUACUCCACAGGGAAUCUAAUCUCACUUCCCUCCUCCUCCUCUUUCUUUCCUCCCCCUCUCGCUCUCUCUCUACUGCAUUGAUGCUUAUGCCUUCCUCAGUGAUGAUGUCACUGGUUCAGUCAGUCUCAGCAUCACUACUCUAGGCAGCAAGCAGAGCCAUUUUGGCUUCUACAUUACAGGCAGUCUAACAUCUUUCCUCCAAGAAACCUUUCUGUGUAGGCCUCACAGGGCACCCUGCAAUACGAUACUCUAUGGAAUAAUUAAAAGUUAAACAAAGGAAAAAGAGACAUUUUCAACAUCAGAUGAAACGCUAAAAACAAGAGAAUUUGAGACACUAGGACCAGAGCCAGGAGAGGGAACAUAUCUUUAUCUAAGUCAAUAGCCGAAGGCAUCAGAGGAUCAUUGCAAAGGUGUGAGCGCUGACCUGGACAUUUAGAGGAAAGUUCUCAACACGCACACAAAGGGCGCCAUGGCUGGGGCCUCAGUGAAGGUGGCGGUGAGAGUCCGUCCCUUCAACUCUCGGGAGAUUGGUAAAGAAAGCAAGUGCAUCAUACAGAUGUCUGGAAACACAACCACUAUCAUCAAUCCCAAAGCACCCAAAGAAAACAAGAGCUUCAAUUUUGAUUAUUCAUACUGGUCACAUACCUCGCCAGAGGACAUCAACUAUGCCUCUCAGCAGCAGGUGUACAGAGAUAUUGGAGAGGAAAUGUUACUCCAUGCCUUCGAGGGCUACAACGUCUGUAUUUUUGCAUACGGCCAGACAGGUGCUGGAAAAUCAUACACUAUGAUGGGCAAACAGGAGAAGGACCAACAAGGAAUAAUCCCACUGCUGUGUGAAGACCUUUUCACCAAGAUCAGUGACAACAAUGAUAACAAUAUGUCCUAUUCUGUGGAGGUUAGUUAUAUGGAGAUUUACUGUGAGCGGGUGCGAGAUCUUCUGAACCCAAAAAACAAAGGAAAUCUGCGUGUACGAGAGCACCCUUUGCUAGGCCCGUAUGUAGAGGAUCUGUCCAAACUCGCUGUCACGUCAUAUAACGACAUUCAAGAUCUGAUGGACUCAGGGAAUAAGGCCAGGACAGUAGCCGCUACUAACAUGAAUGAGACGAGCAGCCGUUCCCACGCUGUCUUCAACAUCAUCUUCACCCAGAAGCGACAUGAUGCAGAGACAAACAACACUUCAGAAAAGGUCAGCAAAAUCAGUCUGGUUGAUUUAGCAGGCAGCGAGAGAGCAGACUCCACCGGAGCCAAAGGCACACGCCUCAAAGAAGGGGCAAACAUCAAUAAAUCACUCACCACUCUGGGGAAAGUCAUUUCGGCUCUGGCUGAGGUGGAUUCUGGAAUAAACAAGAAUAAAAAGAAGAAAAAAGUGGAAAGUUUUAUUCCAUACAGAGAUUCAGUUUUAACCUGGCUUCUGAGAGAGAAUCUUGGUGGCAACUCUCGCACAGCUAUGGUGGCCGCUCUCAGUCCAGCUGACAUUAACUAUGAUGAGACCCUCAGCACUCUCAGGUAUGCAGACAGGGCUAAGCAGAUCCGUUGUAAUGCUGUGAUCAAUGAAGAUCCUAAUAACCGGCUGGUGCGUGAGCUGAAAGAUGAGGUGUCACGUCUGAAGGAUCUCCUUUUUGCCCAGGGUUUGGGCGACAUUAUUGAGACAUUUCGAGGGCCUGUUGAAGAUUUUGGUGGUUUGAAAUACUUAUCCGAUUACAAGAACAAUAACAAUAGUGGCCAAGCUGUCAAUCAAAGGGGUGAUCUCUCCACAGUGACCAAUGCUAUGACGGGGAUGAGUCCCUCUCCCUCUCUCUCCGCCCUGUCCAGUCGGGCUGGCUCCAUCAGCAGUCUGCACGACCGCAUCAUGUUCAGCCCAGGCAGCGAGGAAGCCAUUGAGAGACUUAAGGAAACAGAGAAAAUAAUUGCAGAGCUCAAUGAAACAUGGGAAGAGAAGCUUCGCCGUACAGAAGCCAUCCGAAUGGACAGAGAAGCACUGCUUGCUGAAAUGGGUGUGGCCAUGCGUGAGGACGGAGGAACUGUAGGAGUUUUUUCACCAAAAAAGACGCCCCAUCUGGUGAAUUUAAAUGAAGAUCCUUUAAUGUCUGAGUGUCUGCUAUAUUAUAUUAAAGAUGGAAUUACCAGGGUAGGGAGAGAGGACGCCAGCAGUAGGCAGGACAUUGUUCUGAGUGGUCACUUCAUCAAGGAGGAACACUGCACUUUCACCAGCACCACUGGACCUAUGGGAGAAGCUGUCAUUCUAGAGCCGUGUGAGGGGGCAGAAACUUAUGUCAAUGGGAAGAGGGUGACAGAGCCCACUGUUCUUAAAUCAGGGAACCGAAUCAUUAUGGGCAAGAGCCACGUGUUCCGCUUUAACCACCCAGAACAGGCCCGCCAGGAACGUGAGAGGACACCGUGCAGUGAGACUCCAAUUGAGCCUGUUGACUGGGCUUUCGCUCAGAGAGAACUUCUUGAUAAACAAGGCAUUGACAUGAAGCAGGAAAUGGAUCAGAGACUGCAGGAACUUGAGGAUCAGUACCGCAAGGAAAGAGAAGAGGCUAACAAUCUACUGGAGCAACAAAGAUUAGACUAUGAAAGCAGGUUGGAAGCCCUGCAGAAGCAGGUAGAUCGCUGUUACCCAGAUGUUGCAGAGGAGGAGGAUGAACCAGAGGAGCAAGUUCAAUGGACUGAGAGGGAGACAGAACUGGCGCUAUGGGCUUUCCGUAAAUGGAGAUGUUAUCAGUUCACAUCUCUCAGAGACCUGCUCUGGGGCAAUGCCAUCUUCCUCAAGGAAGCCAAUGCCAUUAGUGUGGAGCUAAAGAAGAAGGUUCAGUUCCAGUUUGUCUUAUUGACAGACACGCUGUACUCUCCUCUUCCGCCUGACCUGUUACCUCCUGAGUCAUGUAAAGACAGAGAAAAGAGCCCAUUCCCUCGUACCAUUGUGGCUGUAGAAGUCCAAGAUCAAAAAAAUGGAGCCACACAUUACUGGACUCUGGAAAAGCUCAGGCAUAGGCUGGACCUGAUGAGAGAAAUGUAUGAUCGUGCUGCAGAGGUUCCCAGCAAUGCUCUUGAAGACUGUGACAGUGUCCUGACAGGAGGAGACCCUUUCUACGACAGGUUUCCCUGGUUCCGUCUGGUUGGAAGAAACUCCCUUUUCUCCACAUGCCUUAGUGAGCAAGCGAGUGACCCAAACUCCUCCCCCACCCCCUCCGAGCCCACAUCGACCUCUGAACUCACUGAGCUGGUCCAGUCAUGGACAGACAAGAAGGUGGGAACAGAACUGGACAACUUGGACAACAAUUUCUUAUCGGAUGACCUGUGCUCGGAUUUUGAGGAGGAGGAGGGGGAGGAUGAGGCAGAGCUCCGCAGAAGCUCCAGCAAACCCGAGGACCCAUUUUAUGAUCGCUCACCAUUGUUCAGUGUAGUGGGAAGGGCAUUUGUGUAUUUGAGUAAUUUACUCUAUCCUGUACCCCUGGUGCAUCGAGUUGCCAUCGUCAGUGAGAAGGGAGAGGUCAAAGGUUUCCUCAGAGUAGCCGUACAGGCGAUAUCAGGUUCUCUGGUUUUUCCUCCAGCCGAUGAGGAGGCACCAGACUAUGGCUCUGGUGUCAGACAGUCAGGAACUGCCAAGAUUUCUUUUGAGGACCAUCAGUUUGAGAAGUUCCAGACAGAGUCUUGCCCUACUGGUCUUUCCCAUGCUGGGGUCUCUCAGGAAGAGCUGCGAAUAGUGGAAGGGGAGGGUCAGAAUGCAGAAAUGGGUCUAUCAGCAGACGAGGUCAACAAUAACACCUGUGCAGCUAAUCCGGAGGAUCUGGACAGCCCUGUCAAAACAGGUCUUGAUGGCAUUCUGGAUGGAGCUCUUGAUCAUUUAAAAAUUGGAGAUGUCUUCACAUUCAGAGUUACUGUGCUGCAAGCAUCAAGCAUAUCUGCAGAGUAUGCAGACAUAUUCUGCCAGUUCAAUUUUAUUCACAGGCACGAUGAAGCAUUUUCCACAGAGCCAUUGAAGAACACUGGACGUGGUCCUCCCCUUGGCUUCUAUCAUGUGCAGAAUAUUGCUGUGGAGGUGACAAAGUCCUUUAUAGAGUACAUAAAGACUCAGCCAAUUGUAUUUGAAGUGUUUGGGCACUACCAGAAGCAGCCUUUCCCUCCACUCUGCAAGGAUCUCAUUAGCCCCUUGCGUCCAUGCAGAAGACCAUUCCCGAGAGUCAUGCCUCUUUCUAAGCCAGCCGCAGAUAACGACACCUCUUCUGAUCGGGAGAAGAACCUGGAGCUGAUUCGCUACCUGUUGCCAGAGAUCUUCAACGGGGCUCUGGCGGACUCACUGUCAAGCCACGCCCUCAGUGCAGCAGGCGUGGCUGUUUCCUACCUCCUUGAAGGGGAGGAGCAAGCCAGAUUGCCGGCCCCACCCUUGUCUAUCUGUUCAGUUAUUAAAGCACAGAUGCCGGUACCUGCCACAAAACUGACAGCUCUCACACGACCCACAUCAGGACCAUGUCACUGUAAAUAUGAUCUGAUGGUUUUCUUUGAAAUCUGUGAGCUAGAGGCGAAUGGAGAUUAUAUUCCAGCCGUGGUGGACCACAAAGUAGGCAUGCCAUGCCAUGGUACAUUUAUGUUACAUCAGGGCAUCCAAAGGAGAGUUACAGUCACCAUAGUACAUGAGACAGGGAGGGAUAUUGAGUGGAAGGAAGUGCGAGAGCUGGUUGUAGGGCGCAUCCGGAACACCCCAGAAGCAGAUGAAGCAAUUAUUGACCCCAACAUUCUCUCUCUCAACAUACUGUCGGCAGGAUACAUCCGGCCCGCACAGGAUGACAGACAGUUUCUUGAUUCGGACAUGCCUAGAACAUUUUACCGCUUUGAGGCAGCUUGGGAUUCAUCUAUGCACAACUCUUUGCUGCUUAACCGUGUCACUCCUUAUGGAGAGAAAAUUUACAUGACUCUGUCGGCCUACCUUGAGAUGGAGAACUGCACACAGCCCACAGUGAUUACCAAAGACUUAUGCAUGGUGUUCUACUCACGAGACGCCAAGCUCCCUGCAACUCGCUCCAUCAGGAACCUCUUCAGCAGUGGCAGUUUGAGACCAUCUGAAGGGAACCGAGUAACCGGUGUGUAUGAGCUUAGUCUGUGCCACCUGGCUGAUGCAGGGAGUCCAGGGAUGCAGAGACGGCGCAAACGGGUGCUGGAUACGUCAGUGGCAUAUGUGCGAGGGGAGGAGAACCUGGCUGGCUGGAGGCCCCGUAGUGACAGCCUCAUCCUGGACCAUCAGUGGGAGUUGGAGAAACUGAGCCUCCUGCAGGAGGUGGAGAAAACUAGGCACUACCUCCUCCUUAGGGAGAAGCUGGAGUCCACCCUGCUGCUGGGCCAGGAGUCGCUGCUGUCCUGCGGGAGUGAGGCUCUAACCGAGUCCUCUUUCCCCUCCACCCAUCUGGGCUUGGGUCACAACCCAGGCCUUGGCCCCGACACACCCAACGAGAGGCAGAUGGAGCUGGCUGCCAAGUGUCUACGUUUGCUUAACCACACCUUCAACAGGGAUUACGGCCAUGUGUGUGUUAGUGCCAGCGAGAGCAAGUUAAGUGAGAUGUCAGUUACUCUUCUGAAAGACUCUGCCUUAGUGUGUGCUGAAAGCACACUCACACCCUCUUCCACAUGCCCAUCUCUCGUGGAGGGACGCUACAGCAGCAACACUGAACUCAGACCCCCAACACCUCGGUCCCGCGCUGUCAGUCCCAAUCGUGAUUCAGAAACGGAUGGCAAGAAGUCUUCUCCAGAGUUCAGACCGAGAACCCACGUUUUUGUCCCCGACAUUCAAGAAAUCCGUGUCAGCCCUAUUGUGUCAAAGAAAGGUUAUUUGCACUUCCUAGAGCCCCACAGUAAUGGCUGGGUUAAGAAAUAUGUUGUGGUACGUCGGCCCUAUGUCUACAUUUAUAAUACAGAGAGAGACACAGUGGAAAGGGCCAUUCUUAACCUGUCCUCAGCACAAGUGGAAUAUAGUGAAGACCAGCAGGCCAUGCUAAAGACCCCCUACACAUUUGCAGUAUGCACAGAGCAUCGUGGGAUACUCCUUCAAGCCAGUAAUGACAAGGAGAUGCAUGAUUGGCUAUAUGCCUUUAAUCCUCUGCUUGCUGGAUCUAUCAGGUCUAAACUUUCCAGAAGAAGAGCUGGGCAGAUGAGGUUUUGAGACCAUCACAUGUAUACUGUACCUACUUUACUCUUCAAAGACAAAAACAAAGGAUUAAACUUGUAAAUGAUCUAUUCACUAGAUUCUGUGCUUGAUCAAAUGUCUCUCCCCUGCUACCUACACAUGUGAUCCCGCCAACACUUGCACUAACUGUGCACCUGUAUAUCAAAAUCCCCAUUGUUCUGCAUCUACAGUGGCCUAAAUAUUCAACUUACAGCGCCAACAAAACAGGCUAACUUCUUUAUUUGGCUAGAGAUAAUAGAUGCUUAAGAAGUUUUGAGGAGCAGUUUACAUAGAAACAAAGACGAUGAUGGAAAUUUCUAUUUAUACAAACACAUAAAAAUUUGUUACUGUGAAGAGUGAGGUUCAUAUCCACAAGGCUGUGCCUCAUCUAGAGUUAAGUGGGAAAAUUAAGACUACUGUAGUAAAUCAGCCACAUGGUCUUAUUGUGUUACUUCUACUUGAGUAUGUUUAUAGGCUUGAAACGAUAAAACUGGUCAGUAUUUAAAUUUAAAACGGACCAUAUGUUUAUUCAUCUCUUGGCUAUGGCUGAUAGAAUUGAUCAAUGAUAAGCAAUUCUUCGCAAGAACCAGAUGAAUCACAUCAUAUUAUGCUCUUCUUCUAUUUAAGUGCAGUAGAGCCCAUCAUAAAUACUUAUAUUCCUUUAUAAUGUUUUCCUUUCUAAGGCCAUAAAAUGCAUAAGGACUUCAAUAUAAACAGAAUGUAUAGGGAAAAAUUGGCAACGGAAUGUGGUUGCAUUUUCAUAUCUCUAUAUGAUAAUCAUUAUAAAGAUUUGGCCUAUUUUUGUUGGAUGACUGGUCAGUAGAUAUAUCUUACAUGUUAUAAUCCUGUCUAAUAUUUUAUAUAACAAAUUAUAAGUAUCCCUAAAUGAUCUGAUAUCGGUAUAAUUUAUUUUAAACAUUUCUGCUAAAGUCUUAUCUAGUUUGAUAUUUAUUUAGCAUUUUUAUUUAUUUCAGCAUGUAAUUAUCCACAAAGACUAUAAGAUUUUUGAAGACGUAUAGUGCAAUUUCUGCAUAGGGCACUUUUUAUCAUGAGUUGACAAACCUCUCUUUUUCUGACCACUUUUCCCCGACCCAGUAAAAUACAUUUGUGGAACAGGAUGGAAGUGAAUGCUUGGAUAGCUGUUGUACUGUAUGUAAUUUCGAAACACACAAAAACAACAAUCCAAAAUGACUGCGUUUACAGUGAUUAGUCUUAUAAAGAUAAAAGUUUUGAAGAUUGUUAGAACAAAUCAGCAUUUGUACAGAACUGAUUGAAUUUUUUACUAGCUCCCCAGUGAUUGUAAAGGAAUGUGAUUUUGUUGUAUGACCCUGUACACAUUUUAAACUUGGUGAAUGUAUACUUUCAGGCCCACACAUCUGUACCUUUCCUUCUCUUCUGCACAGGCAAAAGGGAACACUAGUUUUUAAAGCAAAAAUUUGUAUAUGUAUUUUCUUUUAGCAUAUUGAGAGAAUGUGUACUGCACUUAAUGUGGUUAGCUAGGACAUUUUCCAUUCUUAUCUGAUUUUACAGGUGAACAAAGAAAUCAAUUUAGCCAUAAACCUUUUUUUUGUUUCCUUGCAUUUAACAUCAUUGACUGUGUUCCAGACACAAGCUCUGCUGUCAUAGUGUGUCUUGUAAUAGUAAUCUCAUGAUAGUUCAGAUUUGUUGUGAUUAUAAUAUAUAUUAUAUUUUGCGAUGGGCUGAUAAAUGGCAAAUUUAUUAUAAAUGUAUUAAUUUAUUUUGGUUACAAAGUUCUCAGGUCUGCUCGUUGUUAUGUGCUUAAUAUCAUCAUGCUUAGGUUGUGCAAACAGGCUGCUGCAUUAUAAAAUGCUCAAACUACAUGAAACUUUGUAUCACUUUGGAAUGGCUGAGAUUGCAGACAGAAAUUAUUGAGGUAAUAUACUAUAAUGUGUUUUUAUUUAAACUGUUGUGUGCAAAAGCAUUUGCCAGCAAGUUUGAGAUGCUGUGGGCAAGACCUUGACUUAGGCAGUCGUUGGAGCAGUGGCCACAGAUACACUAUCACUGCUUAGUCAAGCCAGAACUUUUUUUAAGUUGUGUGAGAUGAUUAAAUGUAAACCUGCCUGUGAAAACCCUUUUUUUGUGAUUUACUGCUUUCUACAUAUCAUUUGUUGCCUUCUGUGAAAAUAUAACAUUGAUAUAUUAAAUAUUGAGUAAGGCCAUGGCAAAGAUUAAAAUCAUAGUGUUAUAGGUGGUUGAAAUCGAACUUUGAUGCACGUUAUGUCAGAUUCUGUUUUGGUUUUUACAGCCAGGGUCACAAUUGAUCACAGUUUGCCUUACUAAAGCCUGUUCUCCUUAUAUUCAGAGUGCAGGUUGCAGGUAUGCCUUGCUAAAAGGUCAAUUAUAAAACCAACAAAAUACAGUAUAAGCAUGACUGAGGCCAGCCAACCUACAGGACAUGCUUAGUACAGCAAGUUAUAAAAAGGUACUUUUCUGUAAAACUUGUUGUUGUAAAAAUGUUAAACAGCCAAUGCUAAAAGGAUUCUGAGGGAAUAAAUACAGUAUAUCAACAAUAAUUUUAUCCUUACGUAACUCUUUGCAUUUUUCUUGUGUUCAGGACAGCAAAACAAUCAUGUUUAAUUUCCUAAAUGAUCAGUUCAGAAUAAAUAUAGGAACUCAUCUACUUUUAGAAAUAUGUGUGUAAGUGCAGACGUGUUUUGACAACACUAUUUUUGUUUUUAAGAGUAAGUAAUCACCUGAUAUAUACAGAGGUGUAAAAAGUACUCAAAAAUGUUACUCAAGUGAAAGUACAAGUACUGAGUGUAAAUUUUACUCAAUUAAAAGUAAAAGUAUCUGGCCAGAAUCAUACUUGAGUAAAAGUAAAAAGUACCACAUUAAAAUUGUACUUGAGUAUUAAAAAAGUAAAAGUAACAGGAAAAAUUUAAACUAGAGAUUCUUGUUUAACCUUUUAAUCUCUAAAAACAUGAAGAGAAUGCACCACAUACAGGUUUUUAUCCUGCUUUACAACUGUUUGUAUUUAAUUGUAUUUCAUUAUCAAAAUAUAAAACGACCUAAUUUCAGUAUGCAACAUGCUACUCGAAUUUAACUAAAGCAGAAGCUGAUUUUCAAAAUUGAGAAUCAAGCAUCUCACAGACAGCCAGUGCAGAAAGAGUUGUAUUAGUUCUUGUUAACACUGUCAGUCCAAAUCUGAUUUUGGUGCAUAUUCGAUUGGAACCCAAUCACAUUUAGAACGUGUGAACGGCUAAAAACCACAUGAAAUCUGUUUUUUUCUUUUCUGUUUCAAGCUAUAUCCAGAGGUGGUUUGAAAUACUUUUCAAAUCACAUUUCCAGAAAUACAUUUAAGUCUGACCGCUCUGAUCGUAUUUUUGUAGCUUUUCGGUUACGUCAUGCUGUUGCGUCACGUAAAAUGUAAACACGAUUGUUGUGCCAGUGUGACGUCAUUGCCAUAGAAACAGUGCAGAUAAUCCAGAAAAUGGCAAAACCCUACAGGACGCACAGAUCGGAUCUUAACAGUUGUGAUACACAAUGUGGACAGUGAGUCUGUCCAGUCAGACAUGCAACAAAAUCAGUUUUGGACUGACAGCGUGAACAAGGUCUUAGUCUUGAUAGAAAGGCUGCAAAUAGCAGGGAAUGUGAGCAGAGACUUCCUGGUGUCUGAAACUCAGGCCAGAUAUCCAUCCAACUCUUUGCUGGCUUAAUGUGUUGUCGGUUUCGAAGAAGCAAAAAAAUCUUUAUCCGACGAGCCCACUCGCGAGUCUCUAGCCCUUUCUCGGGCCGAGAUAUGGUCAACCCUUCCCAGAUUUUUCCUUGGCCUUAGCUCAGGUACCUUAAGUCCAGGGCGUUCGCCCUUCAGGUCCCUUAUCCUACCCAAGAGGGCCUUUACAACAAGCCACCCACGAGUCUCUAGCCCUUUCCCCGGCCGAGAUAUGGUGGUCCUUUCCCCGAUUUUUUCCACGUCUGUAGCUCGGGCACCUUAAGUCCCCUCGGGUAUAAGCGACCCAAAGGCAUCCAAGCUACAGUCGUGGGAAAAUCAGGGGAAUGACUGCUGUAUCUCAGCCGGGGAAAGGGUUAGCGUCAGGGUUGGCUCGUUUGAAAGGCCCUCUCAGGUAGGAUAAGGGACGCCAAGGGCGAAUGCCUAGGACUUAAAGCGACCGAGCCACGGACGUUUGAAAUUCAGGAGACCGUCGGCUACAGAAAGGGUUAGAGAGUCGGGGGUUGGCUCGUUGAAAAGGCCCACUCGGGUAAGAUAAGGGACCCGAAGGGCGAACACCCCGGACUGAAGGUGCCUGAGCUACGACCCUAUGAAUUUCAGGGAGUGGCACGCUGUUUCUCGGCCAAGGAAAAUAAAUAACUGGCCUCAGCACAAUUCAAUUGGUUUGGUAAGAAUAAGGGAAAAUAGAAUAAAGUGAUCUCUAAAAAAUAAGUACUUUUUGACUGUAAAUAAAAUUGUAAGGAGUAAAAAGUACUUUUUUUUCUAAAAAAAUGUAAUGAAGUAAAAGUAAAAGUACUGAUUUUAAAUUGUACUCAAGUAAAGUAAAAAUCCCCAAAAAUAAUACUUAAGUACAGUAAUCAAGUAAAAUUACUCAAGUACUUUACACCUCUGGAUAUAUAUAUAUAUAUAUAUAUAUAUAUAUAUAUAUAUAUAUAUAUAUAUAUAUAUAUAUAUAUAUAUAUAUAAAUGAUAAUUGUUUAAUUUUUUUGUGCACUAUGUAGAAAGUAACACAUUGAAUGAUAAUCUUCAUGUUGCAGUAUAGCCUGUCAUCUACCAUUGUUAGUAUGAACUUACAUAAAACAUGCAUUACGCCACAUUCCAAAGUGAACGAAUAGGUCAGUUCUCCUCCUAAUUGACACAAAUUUUUAUGUGCUUCCAUUCUAUUACACAUAGACUUUACUCAUAUGCAUUUUCUAUCUUUUUCUUUAAGUUUCUCUUGCAUUGUAUAAAAACAUGAUUGCUGUGAAUGGUGUAAAAUGCAGUUGUAACCAGUUUGUACAAUCUUCAAUGGACAGUAGUUCAGUGUCUCUUUCUGAGUGUUGGAAAUAUGAGUCAAAUGUUUGUGUACACAUAACACAUGGUCAGAUACGAAAUAAAUGUGGAACUUAUGCAACACAGUGAAUUA